UAACCUUACUACAUUUCUCUCUAACUACAAACCUUUCUACAAAACAAAUUUUAGAGCCUAUACUUCUUGAAAAAACACAAAUUCCACUCUGAGACUAUGGAUAGAUUACCAAAAUGUGGAGCAAAUUAUGUGCCUCUAACUCCUCUUACCUUCUUAACUAGGGCAUCCAAAUGUUAUGCCAAUAGAACAUCCAUCAUCUAUGGUGAUAUCCGUUUCACAUGGAGCCAAACUUACAAGCGUUGUUGUCGCCUCGCCUCCUCCCUUCGAUCCCUAAACAUUGUCAAGAACGACGUGGUUUCAGUGUUGGCUCCAAAUGUUCCAGCAAUGUAUGAAAUGCAUUUUGCUGUGCCAAUGGCGGGAGCUGUGUUGAAUGCAAUCAAUACAAGGCUAGAUGCUAAGAACAUUGCAGUCAUUCUCAAACACUCUGAAGCCAAAGUAUUUCUUGUUGAUUAUGAAUACCUAGAAAUUGCAAAAAAGGCCCUCGAACUUCUAGUGGCCGACUUUGAGAAGUCCAAAACUUCUGAAAUGCUGAUGCCUCUCGUCGUUGUCAUUGAUGACAUCAACUCCCCUACCGGAAUCCGGCUAGGCGAGCUCGAGUACGAGCAAUUGGUGUUCCAAGGAAAUACAAGUUACAUCCCCGAAGAAAUUACCGAUGAAUGGGAUCCAAUUACCUUGAAUUAUACAUCAGGUACGACUUCAGAUCCUAAGGGAGUUGUGUACAGUCAUAGAGGAGCAUAUUUGAGCACUUUGAGUUUAACAUUAGGUUGGGAAAUGGGUACUGAACCUGUCUAUUUAUGGUCCUUACCAAUGUUUCAUUGCAAUGGAUGGACUUUCACUUGGGGCAUAGCUGCAAGAGGUGGGACCAAUAUUUGCAUUCGCAAUACUACAGCCCAAGAAAUGUACACAAACAUAGUGUCGCAUAACGUUACACAUAUGUGUUGUGCACCUAUUGUUUUCAACAUCCUUCUCGAAGCGAAACCACAUGAAUACAAAGCCAUAACAACCCGAGUCCAAAUUCUAACAGGUGGCGCACCACCACAUGCGUCACUUUUAGAGAAAAUUGAAAGACUCGGGUUCCAUGUGGUCCAUGCUUAUGGGCUCACCGAGGCCACAGGCCCAGCCCUUGUAUGUGAAUGGCAACAAAAAUGGAACAAAUUGCCUAGUGAAAAUAAAUCCAAGUUGAAAGCAAGACAAGGAGUUGGGAUUUUAACACUAGCCGAUGUUGAUGUGAAAAAUUUCAAGAAUAUGCAAAGUGUGCCACGAGAUGGAAAAUCAAUAGGGGAAAUAUGUUUACGAGGGAGUAGUAUUAUGAAAGGGUAUUUCAAGAAUGACAAAGCGAAUUCGGAAGUAUUUAAAAAUGGUUGGUUUUUUACUGGAGAUGUUGGAGUAAUUCACUCAGAUGGGUAUUUGGAAAUUAAAGAUAGAAGCAAAGAUGUGAUAAUUUCAGGUGGAGAAAAUAUUAGUAGUAUUGAAGUUGAAAAUGCAAUUAUGAGACAUCCAAAUGUAGUAGAAGCUUCUGUUGUGGCCAUGCCACAUUUCAGAUGGGGUGAAAGUCCAUGUGCAUUUGUUAUAUUGCGCAGAAAUUCAGAAAUUAAAGAAGUUGAUAUUAUUGCUUAUUGUAAAUCAAAUUUGCCAGGAUUUAUGGUACCAAAAAAGGUGAAAUUUGUGGAAAAUUUACCUAAGACUGGAACUGGGAAAGUACAGAAACACCAUUUGAGAGCAAUAGCUAAAACUUUUGUUAUUUCAGAAAAGUCAAAUCAAACAAACAAGAAAACAAGUCAAGUCAACAGGGAAAAGGCGAGAUAUUACGAUCAAAAUCAGGAGCAGAUUCUUGCUUUGUCUCGUUUAUAGAGAAUAAUAUUUAAUAAUGUAAUAAGUAUUAUAUUUGGAAGAAAUGGUUGGUUAUAAGAAGUCGUACUAUUGUUUGAAUACUGUAGCAGGAGUACUACUUUUUUGGCUG